AUGGGGUUUUCCUUCAUGGAGCUGCCCGUCAACCAGCGGGUCGUCGUCAUCUCCAUCCUAAUUCUUCUGUUCGGGCUUUUCUUUGGUCUCUCGCUCGACGCCAAUGCGCACAUCCCCAAGCCGUGGAACCGCGUCUCCAGCAUCAUUGGCUGGAUCUAUUUCUUCUGCUGGAGCGUGAGCUUCUACCCGCAAGUGUUCCUGAACCGCCAACGCCGCAGCGUCGUGGGGUUGUCGCUGGACUACACGGUGCUCAAUAUGCUGGGCUUCACGUGCUACUCCAUCUUUAACGUGGCCUUCUACUACAGCGAGAGCGUUCAAGAGCAGUACAUGCGGCGCCACGACGGCCACCGCAACGCCGUGGAGCUCAACGACGUCUUCUUCUCUCUGCAUGCGGCGGUUCUGGUGGCCGUAUCGCUCUUCCAGUGCGCAAUAUACCCGCGAGGCGGACAGGUGGUCAGCAAGCCCACGAUGUUGUGGACCGGCGCGACUAUCGUCGCCGCUGUUGUCUUCGGGCUUGCAGUCUUGUUCACGGGAAAUAACGAAGAUUCGCUCAUCAAUACGUUGAACUUAUUGUAUCUGCUGAGCUACGUGAAGCUCAUGACGACGCUGGUGAAGUGUCUCCCGCAGAUUGCGCUGAAUUACCAGCGCAAGUCGACGGUGGGGUGGACAAUCUGGAACGUGCUGCUGGAUAUUGCUGGAGGGUUGCUGUCCAUUGGGCAGCAGCUGCUGGACUCUGCAGCGACGAACGACUGGACAGCCAUGACGGGGGACCCAGUCAAGUUCUCGCUGGGCUUUGUGAGUAUUAUUGUGGACGUGGUGUUCAUCUUGCAGCACUAUGUGUUUUACGCCGACAACAACAACUUUAUGCUGCAUGGUGGAGAGACCAAGCCUUUCUUGCCCAAAUAA